ACUGGAGAAUGAGAAAUUCUGGGAUAAUUUCGAGAGUGACUGGUUGGAGGAAAUGUCAGUAAAUCGAUGAUCUUGAGUUUAUUUCAAGUCCCAACAUCAAUUCAUGUCAUUAUGACUUUUUACAUUAUUUUGGAUGAACUUUUAAAUCAUAAAAUCAGAUGCCCCGACUAAAAGCCAAUAUUGUUUUUCAUAGACGUCUACUAUUGUAAAUACAGACCUCUGGACAUUUUCUUUUUCUUUUCUUUACUUCUUGUUGGAGCCAUUUCAAUGGUGGCCAUUGGGUGGUGCUGUGGAUGUAAGACUAAUUGAUAAAACGGUAACAGGUCCAUCAGUAGCAAGUUGAUAACAUGAGCCGUCGGCUGGAUAUUCCACCACCACCUGGAUUCAAUGAGGUAAGAGUGUGUCCAGACUAAAAGCGAUGGCUUUGCUAAUGGAGCACCAGUUCAGACAGCUGCCUGCUGACAGACAGGUGGAAACAAGACCGUUUCUGGAGGCUGUGUCAUACCUUCCACCAUUCUUUGACUGCCUUGGCUCUACUAUUUUUGCCCCUAUUAAGGCUGAUAUAUCAGGGAAUAUCACAAAAAUCAAAGCAGUUUAUGAUACCAACCCGGGACGGUUCAAGACACUCCAGCAGAUUUUGGAGGCGGAGAAGGAAAUGCAUGGAGCAGAGUGGCCCAAAGUUGGAGCAACAUUGGCACUCAUGUGGCUGAAAAGGGGUCUACGAUUUAUCCAAGUCUUCCUUCAAAGCCUGGUGGACGGUGAAAAGGACGACAACAACCCAAACCUCAUUCGGGUCAAUGUCACUAAAGCGUAUGAAAUAGCCCUGAAGAGGUACCACAGCUGGUUGGUGCAACAGCUUUUCAAGGCAGCUCUAUUUGCUGCCCCACAUAAGUCAGAUUUCCUGAAGGCUCUCUCCAAGGGCCGAGACGUGAAGGAAGACGAAUGCUUGGAGAAAAUCAGGAAAUUCCUAAUCAACUUCUCUGCCACCGUUGACGCUAUUUAUGAGAUGUAUAACAAGAUGAGUGCUGAUCUUGACUACACAGUCUGACUGCAGGACAUUCCUCGAGCCUCCAGUGAUGCACUUUGUUUACAAAGUAAUUAACAUUGGUCAGGUCAUCUGUUGGUUCGCCGGUGGAGUGUAUUUAUGAUACGCUGUGGUUACAAAUUAAAUGUUUGUGCACUUCCACUCGACUUUGCACCUUUGCUGGCCUUCUCAGUACAUCUUUCCCCUCACUGUUAUUUGAUAGUGGGAGACGUUUCCCAUAGCAACUGCAGAUUUAAACGCUUUAUUUCUUUAUUUUGUUCACUUUGAGAAACCUGUCUCUUUAUGAAAAAAAAAUUAUUUUUAGAAAAAGUAUUGUUAGAAAUUUGUAUGCAUGAUGAUGAGUAAUGUCAUGAAUGCUACAAAGAAUCAAACUUACUCAACAGGAAACCAGCACCAGCACUGUCAACAUGGAAUAUAAUGCAAAAACUUGGUAAUAAUAAUUGAUACCUUAAUAGUGAUCAUUUAUGCUUCAGAGAAUAGUACUGUACAGUACUACAACUAUUUGAAGUCUUUAGCUUCCUAAAUUUUAACUUUUUACAGUGUUAAAAUCGGUGUUUACUUCAACUUUUACAAAUCAUAGACAGUUUAUCCAAUAUCAUGACUCAUUUGUUUUCUUCCACCAUACUAAAGUUAAAGAUGUACAUACAGUGUUGUUUAUGACUUUUAAUAUUGCACACCUAUUUGUGCCUUAAGCUGGAGAUACAGAGCAUUUAAGCGACCAUGUCAGCUGUUCCGCCUUUUGUCCUGUUGCCUCGUGUACACCAGGCAGGCCAAUUGUGAUAAAAUCUUAAUUGUCACUGAAGGGCUGGUCUGUACUCAAAGUGAGUCACUUCCAUCCUAUGCAGGACUUGCAAAUGUAUCUUUACUAAUCUUCCAAAGCAAUGUGUUCUUCAAUCCACUCUCCUCUCAGGUGCUUUACAUAAAACUGAAUAUGUACUUUCUUAAAACCUCAUUGUUGAGGGAAUAUAAAGUGUUGCAUCACAGCUUUUUGCCUAGUGUGUAUGGUUGUUAGAUAAAUGGGAAAUUUCAGAUACUAAGCAAGGCUAGACGUCAAAUGUGAUAUUUUGACAAAAUGUCAAGCUUGAAUAGAGGAAAUGCUGAUGGCCUUUGGUUAGACAAUACUGAGUGCAUGCACUGAAAUGUCUGAAACUACGUUGCAGUGUAAAAUAAGAAAUCUUUUAUUUUCAACUUAUGUGUACCAUAAUUUGCAAUAAAAAA